CUUUUGUGUCUGUCAGAGAGUCUGCUCAACGUUCUUAGCAUAAACACACAGAAAAUCCCGGAUUUAAGGUCGUAAACUGACUAAAUGUGGAUUAACGGUUGUUUUCCAGGUGUUUUCUGCGUCUGAUGAUUUCAUGAAAACAUCUCAGGGAGAAAGAGUCGCUUCACGGCCGUCAUGUCUGUUUCUGAGGAGCAGCCUGAGAAACACUGCUGGGUGUGUUUUGCCACAGAGAGAGACGACCACAGUGCAGAGUGGGUGAGUCCCUGCAGGUGUAAAGGCUGCACCAAAUGGAUCCACCAGUCAUGUCUUCAGCGCUGGCUGGACGAGAAGCAGAAAGGAAACAGCGGCGGAGCCGUGUCGUGUCCACAGUGCGGCACCGAGUAUCACGUCACCUUCCCCAAGAUGGGUCCUCUGGUGUUUUUCCUGGAGCAGGUGGACAGAGCGCUGUCUCGAGCCAGUCCCUUCGCUGCGGUCGGCGUGGUGGCCGGGACCGUGUACUGGUCAGCGGUGACGUACGGAGCCGUGACCGUCAUGCAGGUUGUGGGUCAUAAGAAGGGCCUGUACGUGAUGGAGCGAGCCGACCCACUCUUCCUGUUGAUGGGUUUACCCACAAUCCCCGUGGUGCUGGUCCUGGGGAAGAUGAUCCGCUGGGAGGAUUAUAUCGUGAGGCUGUGGCAGAAAUACUUGUUUAAACACUAUCUCCCUUCAGGAAACGGUCGUUAUCGUCCUCGUGUCCCCGCUGACGCCACCGGAGCAGGAGACCACCUCUCUGUGUCCAGGACUCUGUGCGGCGCUCUCAUCUUUCCCUCCAUCGCCAGCCUGGUGGGAAAAAUCCUGUUCCAGCGCGUCAACUCCAGCCUGCAGCGCACCCUACUGGGGGGCUUCGUGUUCGUGCUGAUCAAGGGCGUGUUAAAGGUGUAUUACAAGCAGCAGAAGUUCGUCGUGCAGGCCAACAGACAGAUCCUCAACUACCCGGAGAGAAACGGAGACAGACCGAGAGAGGACGGGGACGAGGACACGGAGGACAGUGGCAACGAGUAGCUGCUGCGUCCACAGAGACAGAUAAACUGGAGACACAGUCAGACGCGAUGAUUCAAAUAAAGGACAUGCAUUUAUUUUAUAAUAAAAAACAGAGCUGAACUCAGGUGAGUGACAUUAAAACAACAAUUAGAACAAAGACACAUUUAAACGUCCACUGUGUCGUUUUUGUCUGAUUUAUUGGCAGAAAUUGAAUGUUUGUGAGUGUGUUAUGGCUUUCAAAAUAAAGAUUACUUCUUGUUUGUAGCUUAUAUACGAACAUGAGGCUAAAGGAGGCCGUCAUUUUGUGUCGCCAUGCUUCUGUAGUAGCACAAACUGACGAACAAACUGGAGCAAACGAGGAAGAAAAGUCUGCUGUUAAAAAAAAUGAAUGAACAAAAACCUCAUGAGCUGAAGAACAACUCUAACGUGCUCGUUUGUGGUCUUUGAAGGCCACCGUAGUUCUGUAAUCUGUUCCUGGGAAAGAAGGGUUCACAGUGGAGUCCUCUGUUGUAAUCUGCAGCCUCACCACUAGAUGUCACUACUUCUGACACACUGGACCUUCUACAAGAAAAACCUGGCAGACGAAUUCACAACCACAGUUCGUAACUUCGCGACAGCAGUUCGUAACUUCGCGACAGCAGUUCGUAACUUCGCGACAGCAGUUCGUAACUUUGCGGCAUUGUAGCAAAAGUUACACGUGUGAUCACACUGUGAGUGCGACUGAUUCACUGUAAAACAAAUAUGACAAAAGUGCUAUUAACAGUAAACGUAGCAUAGCUUUUGACAAGUGGCGGCCAUCUUGGUAGCCUAUGUCGGAGCUGUUCCGCCCCUGUAUAGCCCUCUUUAGACACGCCCCCUCCCUGUGAAUCAGCUCUGCAUGAUAAUUGGCUCGUUUAAAGAAGACAAAAAGGUUAGAAUGAAACUGAACUGGAGUUUUGUUCGUACUUGAUUAUUUAUUGGUCUAAUGUUGUGAACGUGUGGAACUUAGUGACGUGUUCAUGUUGCUUUGAACAAAGAAAAGAGAAACUCAUGAUUUGAAACUCACUGUGUCGCUGAGAACAGUUAAAUAUUUUAAAUACAAACAUCCCUGCAGUCGGAGGUUGAUGGUGAAAGAGUAUAAAUUUUCUCAGUUUUUGCCAAACAAACGUGUCAGAAACUCAACCAUAGCUCUUAUUUUAUGUUCUGCUGAAUAAUUUGUCAAAUAAAGUUUUCUGAAAUGAAA